GUGUGUGUGUGUGAGUGUGUUUUGGUGGUUAGACCUGUUCCUCCAGACGCACCACUCAGUCGACGUCGAGCCUCAUCAGCACGGGAAGUAAAGCUGAAUCCUGACAGCAUGGGCUCAUAUCUGAUCCUCUUCAGCGCUGGAUGAUCUGAUCAGUGUGGAGUUUCCUCAUUUCCUUAUUUCCUCAUUACCUCCAUCCCGAGCUGUACUUCGGACCCUGACGGGAACAUGGCCACCGAUCUGGGAUACAACUUUGUUUUUAAAGUGGUGUUAAUUGGGGAAUCUGGAGUGGGGAAGAGCAACCUUCUGUCCCGAUUCACCAAGAGCGAGUUUAAUCACGACAGUCGCACCACCAUAGGAGUGGAGUUCAGCACUCGAAGCAUACAGCUGGACGCAGUGACCAUCAAAGCGCAGAUUUGGGACACAGCCGGUCUGGAGCGUUACAGAGCCAUCACCUCAGCCUAUUACAGAGGUGCGGUUGGAGCCCUGCUGGUGUAUGACAUCAGCAAGCACCUGACGUACGAGAACGUGGAGCGCUGGCUGAAGGAGCUGUACGACCACGCAGACCCUCAUAUCGUCAUCAUGCUGGUGGGGAACAAGAGCGAUCUGGCAGCUCAGCGCACCGUCCCUACAGAGGAGGCCAGAGCUUUUGCAGAGAGUAAAGGUCUGCUCUUCAUCGAAACUUCAGCUCUGCAGUCCACCAACGUCGAGAGUGCGUUCCUCCAGGUUCUAACAGAAAUCUAUAAGAAGGUGGCGAGUAAACAGGUGACCCGAGGCUCCAUCAGCGCCGUGACCCUCGGCACCACCGGCCCCAUCAUCGAAAGCACAGAAGAGCAAAGGAGCUGCUGUAGGAAACAGUGAAGGCGUAAACAUCAGCUAUCCUCAUGGAGAUGCCUACAGCACUACGAGCUUCAAACCAUGCAGCAGUGAAGCCGCUUCCUUGGCUGUGUCUCAAUACCGUUCCUCGACUCCUCCUCAUCCACUUCCCCUCUAAUCAGAUCCCUCGCUCAGAUCACGUUCUUCUAAUCAGCUAGUUAGUUAGGUGAGGAUGAAUAUGAGAUGUACCAAUGUCCAUUAGAUUUCUGAAGUCAUUUCCAUUAGAGAAUAUUCUAGAUAUUAAUAAACACAAACAGAACCUUCUUCACUGAGCAGAACAUGAGCAGAGAAUCCAUCAAAAACCACUAGGAAUCACACAUUCCAUCAAAUUACCAUUACACACCAGCAGAAACACAUUCACACCCAAUGGGGGCUGGAACAUUACUGUUUUCAUCAGAUACCAGAAAACUUUCAUUAGAGGUAUUCGAAUUUAACCGUCGUAAUCAGAAUCCAUUACAGACCAUUAGGGACCAGAAGAACUCACUCAGAUCUCUAGGUGUGUAAGGAAUGUAGUGAGGAUGAAUAUUGAGGACUGGUAGUGAGGACACGUAGUGAGGCUGUUAGUGAAGACUGGUAGUGAGGACGUGUAGAGAGGACACGUGGUCAAGACUCUCUAGUGAAGACUUGUAGUAAGGACUUGUAAUGAGUUAGCGUAGCAAAGACACAUAGCGAGUAAUGAGGGCGCGUAGUGAGGACUUGUAGUGAGGACAUGUAAUGAGGAGUGUCAGUGAUCCCAAGUUCCUGCAGUCCAUUGUAAGAUGUUUUUGGGAAGUAUAUGUUCCAAUGCACAGGAAGAAAGCUUUAUGAAAAUGAAACUCUUCUGAGUUGAAGCUUUUGAUCCUCUUUAUUGUCAUUGUGCAGUGUGGACCAAGAAAAUACAGAUGUUCCAGUUCAAUUUAAAUCGAACAUCGACUUUAUAGUGUGAGGUUUUAGACUCUGGAAGCAGCGACUCUAUGGGCGUUGUUUAAUUUAAACUUUCUGACUACAGAGUAGAAAUAAUGGAUCUGAACCUGGAAUUAGUCUUAAAUCACUGAUCUGAUGAGAUGAUUAGAUUAGAUUAGAUUAGAUUCGCUUUACCCCACACACAGGGGCGUUAGUUUCCUGUAAGCAGCUCAGGCUCGUGUUAAUGCUAAGAACGUUCUGAGUUCAACAUCCUGUAAUAAAGAUAACUCCAUCCUUAUUUUACGCUAGCAGAGUUCAUACACUUUGUGAAGGUCGCGUGUGAACAUCCCUGGUUAAUAUACACAUACACAGUGGUGUGUGACGUAAUGUGAAGCUCUGGAAUGGUCAGGGGAAGUGGACGAGUGUGUGUUGGGAAUGGUAUUGGAACGCAGCCCUGGGUUCGAAACACGUCACUGUUGCUGAUUUUAUUCACGUAGAAAAGCCUUCAUGACGUUUACACUCCAGAUUUGGGAUGAAACCUGCGUGAUGUGCAGACAUGUUUACACGUCAUUCCUGUGUGUUUAAGUGUGGUGUUUAUAAAAUCAGAUUUUUAAAGAGAAACACUGUCAGAGAAAUGUUUAUAAAAGUGUAAAAUGGUCAUUUAUAUAAAUGUUAUAUACAGUA